AUGUCAUACAAUCGAUUGAACGACGAUUAUUACGACAGUCACCCCAUGGAUAGGGUUCGGCGGUCACCCUCUCCUGGACACCCAUUGCAGCACGGGUACCAGCUCGAAGACCACCCGUAUGGUUACUCGCAUUCACAACAGGAUAUACGGUACACGGGCGAGGAGUACCAGAUGCAUACGGCACAAUCGAUUGACAACCUCGGCGGCGGGGGUAGUUACGCGGUCGACCCCGCAGCUCACCACGAUGCUUAUUACAACCAGCCGUACGAGCCCAACCGCAGCGGACACCAGGGAGGCUACAACAAUGAUGGCUAUUAUGACGACGACCGCAGCCCCAUGUUAGGUCACAACUCUGGCCAUCACGCCCAGCAAGAACCGUAUCGUGACAACCCGCAACCGCAGCAACAGCAGCAAAACAAAUCGUCCAUCAAGAGAUGGAAGACGGUCAAGCAGGUGCUGCUGUACCGCGGUAACCUGGUGUUGGAUUGCCCAGUGCCCCCGAAGUUACUGAAUCAGCUUCCCCAUGGCGAGCGCGAUGAGUUCACUCACAUGCGCUACUCGGCCGCCACAUGCGAUCCAUCUGAGUUCUACGAAAACAACUUCACUCUGCGCCAGAAGCUCUUCAGCAAGCCACGUCAUACCGAGCUUUUCAUUGUUGUCACCAUGUACAACGAGGAUGAGAUUCUGUUUGCCCGGACCAUGAUCGGUGUCUUCAAGAACAUCGAGUACAUGUGCAAGAAGACCGAUAGCAGGACGUGGGGCAAGGAUGCUUGGAAGAAAAUCGUCGUAUGCGUUGUCAGCGACGGUCGUGCUAAGAUUAAUCCACGGACGCGCGCGCUUUUGGCUGGUAUGGGUGUGUAUCAAGAGGGUAUCGCCAAGCAGUCAGUCAACGGCAAGAAGGUCCAGGCACAUAUCUACGAAUACACCACACAGGUGGGACUGGCGAUCAGGAACGGUGUCGUACAGCUUAUUCCCAAGCAGCAGCCGGUCCAAAUGCUGUUCUGCCUCAAGGAGGAGAACAAGAAGAAGAUCAACUCGCACCGCUGGUUCUUCCAGGCGUUUGGCCGCGUUCUUGACCCUAACAUCUGCGUGUUGAUCGAUGCCGGUACUAAGCCCGGCCCAACGUCUAUCUAUGAAUUGUGGAAGGCGUUCGACCUGGAGCCCAUGUGUGCCGGUGCUUGCGGUGAAAUCAAGGCAAUGCUUGGCAAAGGAGGCAAGAACCUGCUGAACCCGCUGGUAGCGGCUCAAAACUUCGAGUACAAGAUGAGCAACAUCCUUGACAAGCCGCUAGAGUCUGCCUUCGGUUUCAUCUCGGUGUUGCCGGGUGCCUUCUCAGCGUACCGCUAUAUUGCCCUUCAAAACGACAAAAACGGACAAGGCCCGCUUGAGAAGUACUUUGCCGGCGAGUUCAUGCACGGUAAGGGCGGUAUCUUCACGGCCAACAUGUACCUGGCUGAGGACCGUAUUCUGUGUUUCGAGCUGGUCACCAAGCGGAAUUGCCACUGGAUCUUACAAUACGUCAAGUCGGCUACGGGUGAAACCGAUGUUCCCGAGACUAUUCAGGAGCUUAUUCUUCAGCGCCGCCGCUGGCUCAACGGUUCCUUCUUCGCCGCCAUCUAUGCCAUCGUGCACUUCUAUCAGUUCUUCCGCUCUGAUCACUCCUUAUUACGCAAGAUCGCAUUUUUCGUUGAGUUCGUCUUCAACACGGUUAACAUGAUCUUCUCCUGGUUCGCUAUCGGCAACUUCUUCCUGGUCUUCAAGAUCCUCACUACCAGUUUGGGAGAUGAGCAACUACUGGGCACCGUUGGGCGCAUUCUGGGUGUUAUUUUCACCUGGUUGUACGGCGUGUCGCUCAUGUCGUGCUUCGUCUUGUCCAUGGGUAACCGUCCGGCUGGUUCGGGGCCGUACUACCUAACAAUGGCCAUUUUCUGGGCGAUUCUCUUCGUUUACCUCAUGUUUGCUGCCAUCUACAUUGCUGUCAACGCCAUCAUCACCGACGUCAACACCAACGGCUUCAGUGUAGACUCGCUCUUCAGGAACAAAGUCUUCUACACGUUGAUCGUCUCGGUGAUGUCCACAUACGGCAUUUGGCUGAUCGCCUCACUGCUCAUGUUCGACCCAUGGCACAUGUUCACUUCCCUUAUCCAAUACAUGCUUCUCUCGCCGACCUACACAAACGUUCUCAACGUCUAUGCUUUCUGCAAUACGCACGAUAUCACCUGGGGUACCAAGGGCGAUGACAAGCCCGAGGAGCUUCCUGACGCCAAGACGGGCAAGGACGGCCAGGGUAAGAUCGAUCUGCCUGACGAGGUCGACUUGAAUACGCAGUAUGAGAAGGAACUGCGUGUCUUCGGUAGUCCCGAGGUCAAGGUUGCAAAGGCACCGACGGCGAAACAAGAAGCGGAGGCCCAGGAGGACUAUUACCGCGGCGUUCGUACCGUUGUUGUGCUUGUCUGGAUGAUCAUGAACUUCGCGUUGUGCGCCGUUGUGUUAUCCUCGGCCGGUGUUGAGAAGAUUGUGACAGGCGACGAUGGUCGUACUGAGGAGGAGGUGAAGAGCGAACGCGCAAACAUCUACCUUAGCAUUGUUUUGUGGUCGGUGGCUGGUUUGUCGGCGUUUAAGUUCCUAGGUGCCAUGUGGUUCUUGGUGGUGCGCAUGUUUAGGGGCGUGUGA